UUCAUUAACAUGUUUUUGAAAAGUGUGCAUUAACUAAAUUGCAUUGAAUGAAACAAGUCUACUGGUGUUUCCUUCUCCAGGAUGAGCAUUAUAAUAUUCAUAUUUCAAUUAUUGUCAUUUAAGAACAUUUACUUUUCUUUUCCAGGUGAAACAAGUUCAGAAUUUAGAGACACGGCAUAAGCAUGAUGUCUCCUUUGAAUAACUCAGACUUCAUAUUCUCCACUUUCCUGGUGACAGGAAUCCCUGGACUAGAGACUAUGCAUAUGUGGCUUUCUAUUCCAUUUAGCAUGAUGUUCUUUGUGACCUUGGCAGGCAAUAUCACCAUAAUGUGGAUUAUCUGGACUGAGAGAAGCCUCCAUGCUCCCAUGUAUCUCUUUCUGGCAAUGCUGGCAGCCUCAGACCUGGGUUUGUCUCUCUCUGCAUUCCCUACACUUCUAAGGAUCUUAUGGCUGGAGGCCCGAGAAAUGAGUUUCUCUGCUUGUUUCACCCAGAUGUUCUUCAUCCACACCUUCCAGAAUUUUGAGUCAGCUGUGAUUCUGGUCAUGGCCUUUGAUCGCUAUGUGGCAAUUUCUAAACCCUUGCACUAUGCCUCCAUCCUCACCAGCAGUGUAAUUGCCAAGAUUGGUUUGGCCAUUUUAUUACGAACACUGACAGUUGAGGUACCCCUUCCCAUCUUGCUUAGGAGGCUACACUUCUGUCGCUCUAAUGUGCUCUCUCACUCCUACUGCCUACAUCCAGACAUCAUCAAACUCUCCUGCUCAGAUACUAGGAUAAAUAGCAUCUUUGGCUUGCUCACUGUCCUUUCCACCAUGAUCUUUGACUUUCUCCUCAUUCUCUUCUCCUAUGUCCUGAUCCUAAAGACUGUGCUGAGCAUUGCAUCCCAUGGGGGACGCCUCAAAGCUCUCAACACCUGCAUCUCCCAUCUCUGUGCUGUGGUGCUUUUCUUCACUCCCAUGGUCAGUCUAUCUAUGCUGCACAGGUUUGGACCAAAGCUUCCCUCCCAUAUUUAUGUGCUCUUGGCUAACAUGCACUUUCUUAUCCCUCCUGUAAUGAACCCUAUUGUUUAUGUAGUAAAAACCAAACAAAUUCGAGAAAGGAUCAUUAGGAUCCUUUUCAGGAAGGGUCCAGGUAAGCCCUAGGUAACAUUUUCAGGAUUUAAGUUGGUGCCUUGGCUGUAGAAAAUUUAAAAUAAUAAUAAAAGCCACUAAAACUCAGUCUACUUUAAUUAUCAUCAUUUGUAAGUAAUUUAAAACAAUAUCAGUGACCAAAAAACUACUCUCCAAAAAAAGCUUCUGUUGUCCUAGGUAUUAAGCAAUUUAUGUAGUCACUGUUGAGUUAUAAUAAUAGAUAAUCUUCAAGUCAUCUCCUUGUAAAUUUGUCUUUUAACAAACAUAUUGCAAAUAAAAGUAAAUUCAUAGUACUCCCUUCUAUACACAUAGUCAUGACUAGAGUAAGUCUAUAAAGAAUCAUUUGCAUAUUCUACAGGUGCAAUUCAAAUCUCCAAUUCCAGAAUCAUCAUAUAAUAUAUCAUUUAAAAUGUUGAUUCUAAAUAAACAAAGUGACUAUGGAAUCUAAGCUACUUUAAGACCAUCAUUUGGAUCUGACCAUUUCUAUCAUUUGUAUCUAAAAUUAAUAAGAAGGAAACAAUGUAUGAAUUCAGGCAUAACAGUUUAUUUUUGGUAACUGCAAAUUUGAAUUUUCACAUGAAACAUUUUAGUUAAUUAGAAAAAUCUUUGAAUCACACAUUUAUUAUUUUGUUUAUUUUUUAAUCAUGAAAACUAAUUACUACCAAAAAUAUUAUAUGAACUGAGUAAUUGGCUAGUUUCCAAAAUAGCAACUAUUUUGCUUUUUUUCAGUUUUAUUAGAAUACUCUUGUGAAAUGAUAUUUUUAAGAAUCUCUGCCAAAGAAAUUGGGACACUAAUACACUGCUGGUGGAGCUGUGAAUUGGUACAAUCAUUCUGGAGGUCAAUUUGGAACUAUGCAUAAAGGGCUUUAAAUGAAUACCUACCCUUUCACCCAGCCAUACCACUGUUGGGUUUGUAUCCCAAAGAGAUAAUAAGGAAAAAAGACUUGUACAAAAAUAUUUAUAGUUGCACUCUUUGUGGUAACAAAAAUUAGAAAAUGAGGGGGAUCUAUCAAUUGAGGAAUGACUGAAUAAAUUUUGGUACAUGCUGGUUAUGUAAUAUUAUUGUGCUGAAAGGAUAUAAUGAACUGGAGAAAUUCCAUGUGAACUAGAACAACCUCCAGGAAUUGAUGCAGAGUGAAAGGAGCAGAACCAGAACAUUAUAUACAGAGAAGGAUACAUGGUGACACAAUAGAAUAUAAUGGACUUCUCUACUAGCAGCAAAGCAAUGAUCCAGGACAAUUCUAAGGGACUUAAGAGAAAGAAUGUUAUCCACAUGCAGAGAAAGAACUGUGGGAGAAGAAACACAUUAGAGAGAUAUAUGAUUGAUCACAUAGUGCUUUAGGAAUGUGAUCAGGGUUUUGAUGUUAAAAGAUCACUCUACUGCAAAUAUGAAUAAAAUAGAAAUAGGUUUUAAAGAAUGAUACAUGUAUAAUCCAGUGGAACUCCUUGUCAGCAUUGGAAAGGGGGAAGAGAGUGCAGGGGAGGGGGGAUCAUGAAUCAUG